AUGGGCACCGGAGAGGAGGAAGAGACGCAGAAAUCCGGGGACGCGACGACGGCGGACGAAGGCGGACAGGAUCAGGAGGCGCGGGAGGAAGAAGAAGGAGGGUUGAUGGCGGGCCUGGUGGGCAAGGCCAGGGAGUUCGUGUCGGAGAAGAUCGCGCAGAUCCCCAAGCCGGAGGCGGCGCUGGAGCGCGUCUCCUUCAAGAGCAUCAGCAGCGAGGGCGUCACCCUCCACAGCCACGUCGACGUCAGCAACCCCUACUCCUACCGCAUCCCCAUCUGCGAGCUCACCUACACCUUCAAGAGCGACGGCAAGGUGAUAGCAUCAGGCACGAUGCCUGACCCCGGGUGGAUCGGCGCCAGCGGGCUGACCAAGCUGGAGCUGCCGGUGAACGUGCCCUACGACUUCGUCAUGUCGCUGAUGAAGGAUCUGAGCGGGGACUGGGACAUCGACUACGUGCUGGACGUCGGGAUCACCAUCGACCUCCCCGUACUCGGCACCUUCACCAUCCCGCUCACCACCCAAGGGGAGAUGAAGCUCCCCACAUUCCGGGACUUGUUCUGA